AUGAAGAGUUUCUUAAGAAUAAUUCUGGUAUUACUUCCAUGUUUAGCUUUAGUAUGCCUUGCCGACAACAAGUCUGAUCAAAAGAAAUUUGAAGGCCCAGUUAUUGGUAUUGAUCUUGGUACUACUUAUUCAUGUGUUGCUAUCUAUAAAAAUGGAAGAGUCGAAAUAAUACCAAAUGAUCAAGGUAAUAGGAUAACUCCAUCAUACGUCUCAUUUACAGAAGAUGAAAGACUUAUUGGAGAAGCUGCUAAAAAUCAAGCUACAAUUAAUCCAUCUCAGACUCUAUUUGAUGUAAAGAGACUUAUUGGACGUCGUUUUACAGACGACUCUAUUCAAAAGGACAAAGUUCUUUUACCUUAUGAUAUUAUUAAUAAGAAUGGCAAACCUUACAUUAAAGUUACUGUUAAGAAUGAGACGAAACAACUUGCUCCUGAAGAGGUUUCUGCUAUGGUAUUAACUAAAAUGAAGGAGAUUGCUGAAGCUUAUCUUGGAAAGGAAGUUAAACAUGCUGUUGUUACUGUUCCAGCAUACUUUAAUGAUGCUCAGAGACAAGCUACAAAAGAUGCAGGAGCUAUUGCAGGUCUAAAUGUUAUCCGUAUAAUUAAUGAGCCUACAGCUGCAGCUAUAGCUUUUGGUUUAGAUAAGAAGAGUGAGAAGACUAUUUUGGUUUAUGAUUUGGGUGGUGGUACAUUUGAUGUUUCUCUCUUAACUAUUGAUAAUGGAGUAUUUGAAGUUGUUGCAACUAGUGGUGAUACUCAUUUAGGAGGUGAAGAUUUUGAUCAACGUGUAAUGGAUCACUUUAUUAAGAUAAUCAGGAGUAAAACAAAUAAGGAUAUUAAGACAGAUAAGAGAGCUUUACAGAAACUUCGAAGAGAAGUUGAGAGAUCUAAAAGAGCUUUAUCUUCAGCACCACAGGUUAAGGUUGAAAUUGAGGGUUUGAUGGAUGGUGUAGAUUUAUCUGAAACAUUAACUCGUGCUAAGUUUGAGGAAUUAAAUGCAGACUUAUUUAGACAAACUAUGGAACCUGUUAAGAAGGUUUUGAAAGAUGCAGAUAUGAAGAAAUCUGAUGUACAUGAGAUUGUCUUAGUUGGUGGUUCUACUCGUAUUCCUAAAAUCCAAUCUUUAAUUAAGGAUUUCUUUGAUGGGAAGGAACCAAAUAGAGGAAUUAAUCCUGAUGAGGCUGUAGCUUAUGGUGCUGCUGUUCAAGCUGGUAUUCUUGCUGGUGAAGGUGGUAAGGACUUAUUGUUGUUAGAUGUAACUCCUUUAACCUUAGGUAUUGAGACAGUUGGAGGAGUUAUGACAAAACUUAUUCCUAGAAAUACAGUUGUUCCUACUAAAAAGGGUCAAAUUUUCAGUACUUCUCAAGAUAAUCAACCCGCAGUCUUAAUACAAGUUUUUGAAGGUGAACGCUCCAUGACAAAAGAUAAUAAUUUACUUGGGAAAUUUGAAUUAACUGGAAUUCCCCCAGCUCCUAGAGGUGUCCCUCAGAUAGAAGUUACUUUUGAGAUUGAUACUGAUGGUAUUCUUCAAGUCAGUGCUGAAGAUAAGGGUACUGGGAAAUCUGAGAAGAUUACUAUCACUAAUGAUAAAGGUCGUCUAUCUCAAGAGGAUAUUGAACGUAUGAUUAAAGAAGCUGAGCAAUUUGCUGAGGAGGACAGAUUAAUACGUGAAAGAGUUGAUGCUAAGAAUGCUUUAGAGGGAUAUAUACAUUCUAUGAGAACUAGUAUUGAUGAUAAGGAUAAAUUGGCUCAAAAAUUAGAGGAAGAUGACAAAGAAAAGAUAAAGGAAGCUCUUAAGGAUGCUGAGGAAUUCCUUAAUAGUAACCCUGAGGCUGAUGCACAGGAUUACAAAGAUAAGUUGAAGGAAGUGGAAGGUAUUUGCAAUCCAAUUAUUGCUACUGUCUAUGGAAAAGCUGGACCUGGAUCUCCAGAAGGUGAUGAAUACACUGGACAUGAUGAACUUUAA